AUGGGCGGAGUAACGUCCUCGAUUGCUGCUAAGUUCGCUUUCUUCCCGCCGCAACCCCCGUCGUACACAGUUGUCGUUUCUGAAACAUCCACCGGAAAUGAUUCUCCGGCGACGAAGCUCUCGAUUCCGGAGGUUCCGAUGAAGGACAACGUGGAUAUAGUGAAGCUUAAGACAAGGAGAGGAAACGAAAUCGCGGCGGUGUAUGUUAAGUACCAUAGACCUACAUGCACCAUGCUUUACUCUCAUGGAAAUGCCGCUGAUUUAGGUCAAAUGUUUGAACUCUUCGUUGAAUUGAGUAAUAGACUUCGCCUCAAUGUUAUGGGAUAUGAUUACUCUGGUUAUGGACAGUCGACAGGGAAGCCAUCUGAAUAUAAUACAUACGCAGAUAUUGAAGCUGCAUAUAAAUGCCUGAAGGAGCAAUACGGGGUAAAAGAUGAACAAUUGAUAUUGUAUGGUCAAUCUGUUGGUAGUGGUCCCACACUUGAUCUUGCUUCAAGGAUAUCAGAAUUGAGAGGUGUUGUGUUGCAUAGCCCAAUUUUGUCAGGGCUGAGAGUACUAUACCCUGUAAAACGAACAUAUUGGUUUGAUAUUUACAAGAAUAUUGAUAAAAUUGGUAUGGUCAAAUGUCCUGUUUUGGUUAUCCAUGGUACAGCAGAUGAAGUUGUAGAUGUGUCCCAUGGAAAACAGCUGUGGGAACUUUGCAAGGUAAAGUAUGAGCCCUUGUGGGUGAGUGGCGGUGGACAUUGUAAUCUCGAGCUUUACCCCGAGUUCAUUAAACACCUAAAGAAAUAUGUACAGACAGUUGGAAAACCUAAAGCAACUACAGCAAAUGGUUCUGAAAAGGAUACUGUAGAAACUGAGAAUCAAGGCAACAAAGCUAGCAAAGAAUCUGAAACUGGAACUUCUAGUACUUCUGAAUUGAGUACAGAAAUUCCUGAAGCUUCUAGAAACAGUUUAGAUAGCCGGCUUAAAAAGUCUAAAAAACCUGACAAACCAGAAAAAUCUCGAAUGAGCACAGAUCAUGUUGAUAGAUUUAGGAGAAGAAAGGGGUUAGUUUGGUAG